AUGCGAAGCCUUCCAUAUGAUAUAUUUGAUAAUAUUGCCAAAUUCCUAUCUCCCUUUCAAGUAAAAGAUAUGGAAGACUCAUUUGGCCUCGCUGAUGAGAAUAAGUCACGUUGUCUCUGGCGAGCCAUCUUUAAAGAUGAACUAUGGCUGAAAAAGGCCAUUAGCUAUGGUGCCGAGCCUGUCCUUAUUGGUGCUCAUCUAAAUGAUGUGCCCCCCCGAACAGGAUCAAUCCGACCAGCCUACAUAGUCCUACAUGCCAACGACUUUUCAGGUGAUACAUUUCAUGACGGAAUACCCUCUCUGCUACAAAGUUUGAGGAAACGCCACUCCUACAACGAAAGCCGUCAUGAGGUGACUUUACCCAAGAUUAGUUGGCGAAAUGCUGCCAAUCAGAAACUUACAGUUCCAAAAAUUAUACUCAAUGUCUACGACAUCGCUAAGGGUGCAGAAACAAUGGCCCUUUCGGGUAGAAAAACGCGAAAUCUGUUUGAAAAGACCACUUUUACCUCCCAAUAUUCCUUCUAUACAUGUCCUAAAAUCCAGACCCUAGAGAGUCGAGACAUUUUUGGUAUUGGGGGGCCAGUUUCUGAACUUGGGGAACUUACCCCCAUUUGCACCUUCAACCUUCGAACUACCAGUAAAAAAUGGCAAAUUAUAUUUCACGAGCCAAAUUGCCGAGGGUUUAUCCCAUAUUUCGAAGGCCAGAGAGGCAUACCACACACAAUUCUUGGGUGGCGACGGUAA